AUGACACCCCGGUCAUUUUGCUCCUCAGCUGGUAAUCGGGCCCCAACCCCAGCAGCAAACAUGUCCAGCGCCAUACUUGAUCUAGCCAAGAACAGGCGCACGAUCUACAAGCUCGGCAAGAAAAGCCCAGUCGCAGACUCCACAAUUGAAGAGCUCGUCCAUGCCGCCAUUCUGAAUAUCCCCAGUGCUUUCAAUACCCAGUCUACGCGGCUAGUCGUUCUCUUGCAUGAUCAGCACGAUAGACUGUGGGAUCUCGCUAUCGAGGCCUUUGAGGAACUCGUGAAGGCGGGCAAGAUCCCACAGGAGCUUUGGGCGAAGCAGACGUUGCCGAAGUUACUUGGUUUUAAGGGGGCGUAUGGCACGAUCCUCUUCUACGAAGACCCAGCGCACAUCAAGCCGAUGCAGGAGAAAUUCGCUGCUUUCAAGGAGAACUUCGUGCCGUGGGCGGACCACUCUAAUGCUAUGCAUCAGUACUUCCUCUGGGCCGGCCUUGAAGGGCUCGGUUUCGGUGCGAACUUGCAACACUAUAGCCCGCUCAUUGACGCGGGUGUUGCGACGCAGUGGGAUUUGCCCAGUGACUGGCGGAAUGUUGCUCAGUUAGUCUUUGGAAGUCCUGAGGGUGCUGCUGGGGAGAAGGUACAGAAGCCUGUUGAGGAGAGGGUUAAGAUUUUUGGGAAAUUGUAG